AUGGGGAACUCCAGUGAUCAACCUGUUCGCCUCAGCCACCGCGCACGUAGUCUGCAAUUAUGCAACUCGAGAUCUUACAGAUCACCAAGCCCUUCUUCACGAUGCGUUCAGCGUGACCUGGCAUUACCAGCUUGCGUGGAUUUUCCCACCACCGUUCUUGAUCCCAAAAGUACUGAUGCACCUGAAUCACUCAACAGGAGUAUACUUAAUAGUUGCACCCCGGUGGGAGAAAGUGUUCUGGCGAGCAGAUCUAAGAGCCAGAGCCCUAUCUGCCCCAAUGACUCUGAAGAACCUACAGAAACACCUAGUAGACACCUCGACCGGCCUCGCUCCCCCGAAAGUAGACGAGAUUGUUCUAGAGGUGUGGAGAUGUGGGGGUGGUCCCAGGCGAUAGAGUCAUGGAACACUGAUCAAAUAUCACUUUUGAAGGACUCAUGGCGGCAGUCAACUUUAAAAACUUACCAAAUCGCUUGGAAGAGGUGGGUAACUUGGUGUAGUAGAAAACAGUUGGAUGCAAAAAACCCGACAGGUUCAGAAUUGGCACAGUUCUUAUCCGAUUUAUAUUUAGUUAAUAGACUGUCUUACAAUACAAUUCUUUUGCAUAAAUCCGUGGUUUCCACCCUUUGCAAUACCGAAAUAUCGAGAGUUUUAAGUUCGCAUGUGUUAGUAAAACACGUGCUAAAAUCAAUUGCUCUAAAAAAUCCGAAGGUAAAUAAUAAAUCACCAAUUUGGGACGUAAGCAAAUUAAUUUCCUUUAUAUCUAACUACGCAAUUGACCAAAAUAAUACUUUUCAAGUAUCCCGUCAUACGGCUAUACUCCUUUUGUUAUGCUCCGGUAGGCGUAUUCAUGAUUUAACGUUACUUGCAGUUGAUUUGGAUCAUUAUGUAAAAUCGGAUCAAUUUGUAAUAUUUUGGCCACAAUUUGGUUCAAAGACCGACAACAGUAACUAUAGUCAGUCCGGCUGGAAGUUACUAGUCAACGAAAAUAAUUUAAAUCUGAAUCCCCCCUUUUGGAUAGAUAGGACUAUCACGUUAUUGCACGAGCGACGUGAAGUAUCAGGAACUGAUAAUCUUUUCAUAACUGUAAGGGGGGUGGCAAAACCAGCUUCACGUACAGUGAUCGCAGGAUGGGUUAAAACUAUAUUUAAGGAAGCCGAUAUUGAAGCUAGCCCAGGAAGUGUUAGAUCUGCAGUAGCUUCUAAGAGUUGGUUUGAAAAUCAACAUAUUGAUGAUAUUCUGGCUCGCGGUAACUGGAGGUCAGCCAAUACUUUUAGGAAGUUUUACAGACGUGAAAUAAGAAUGAAUUGUAAUAAUCAGUCUAGUAGUGUCACACGAUUAUUUAAUCCUAUUGAUUCUUGAUGUUAACUAAUUGUUAAUUUAAAUAAUGAUUAUAGUUCAUUACUGUAGUUUAAUUAAUAAGUGUUCCUAACAUAACAUUAUUUUAUAUCUAAUCACAGGCUUUGUACCUACCUUGAUUAUAUGAUUCUUAAAUAAAGAGGAAAAUGCUAAUAAUACAUUGUCUUUUAAUAUGUUUAGUCACAUUGGCGAUCUCAAUUACAGAAGCAGUGGCGUCACCAGGCGAUAACAAACAGGUCUCAUUAAUAAAGCUUCCAGUGACGGUCAAGUAGUUUAAUAGCAGCGUUUUACCUGAAAUAAAACGCAUAUUAAAAUACUUACCUAACUGGAAGCUUUAAGUCAUUUCUGCCUGGUGAAUUCGAGCCAAUAAGGGAAGGGCGCGGUGAGCAACUUACGAAGUAAAGUUGCACCGCACGACCGCCAGGUGGCGCCACUGAGCACCGGAAUUGACACACAAAGAGGAAGGUUACUGGAUAGUCUUCGACGGAAACGGAAAUGCUCUCUCAUUAAUAAAGCUUCCAGUUAGGUAAGUAUUUUAAUAUGCGUUUUAUUUCAGGUAAAACGCUGC